GGGGGUGUUCCUGAGCCGCAGCUGUUAUAAAGACUGGGGGGGGUCCUCACACUGAAAGGAGCUGCUGGACAGUCAGUGACACAUGAUGGCAGCGCCCAAGAAAGUGUGUGUGAUCGGUUCAGGGAACUGGGGCUCUGCCAUUGCCAAAAUUGUUGGUGCCAAUGCAGCCAAGUAUGACACAUUCGACAGCACUGUGAAAAUGUGGGUGUUUGAGGAGACAGUGAAUGGCCGGAAGCUCAGUGAGAUCAUCAACACAGACCAUGAGAAUGUCAAGUACCUGCCCGGUCAUAAGCUGCCCCACAACGUGCUGGCUGUUCCAGACUUGGUUGAGACCGUAAAAGAAGCAGACAUUCUGAUAUUUGUGGUGCCGCAUCAGUUUAUUGCAAAAGUGUGUGACACCAUCAAGGACCACAUAAAGAAAGAUGCUGUUGGAAUGUCUCUCAUCAAGGGUGUGGAUGCAGGUCCUGAAGGUCUCAAACUCAUCUCUGAGGUCAUCAAGGGGAAUCUCGGCAUCACCAUGACCGUCCUCAUGGGUGCAAACAUCGCCAACGAAGUGGCAGAUGAAAAGUUCUGUGAAACAACCAUAGGGUGUAAAGACAAAGCAUAUGGACCACUGCUGAAGAAACUCAUGCAGACCCCCAACUUUCGUGUGACUGUGGUGGAGGAGUCGGAUGUGGUGGAGAUCUGCGGUGCACUAAAGAACAUUGUGGCAGUGGGAGCUGGUUUCUGUGAUGGCCUGGGAUUUGGCGACAACACCAAGGCAGCAGUGAUACGUCUCGGUCUAAUGGAGAUGAUCGCUUUUGCCAGACUCUUCUGCACAGACUGCGCCGUCUCCCCGGCAACCUUCCUAGAAAGCUGCGGUGUCGCCGACCUCAUCACAACCUGCUACGGAGGACGCAACCGAAAGAUUGGAGAGGCCUUUGCUAAAACAGGAAAAAGUAUUGAGCAGCUGGAGAAGGAGCUGCUGAACGGGCAGAAGCUCCAAGGUCCAGCAACAGCCAGUGAAGUCCACCAAAUAUUGAAACAGAAAAGCAUGAUGGAGAAGUUUCCUCUUUUCACUGCUGUUUAUGAGAUCUGCUUCAAUGGCCAACCUGUCACAGAGUUCAUUAGCUGUUUGCAAAGUCAUCCUGAGCAUAUGUAAAGAUGGACAAAAUUAUUUAAUUUGUGUGUGUGUGUGUGUGGGGGGGGGGGGGGGGGCGUAAUUAAGUGCUGCUGUAUGAACUCAGAAGCAAAAGUUUUGGUACAAAAAAAUCCAGAUUCUUAUCUUCUAUCAGUCUCUGUUUCGCUUUCAAAAAGAUGUUUGAAAUGCUAUGAUCGUUCUUCUUUGACCUGACCUGCAGCCACAAGCUGGAAUUCUGUGUCUGUUUUUAGAGAUUGUUCCAUUCUUGCUAUCAUUUUUCAAGUCUUAAAUGUUUUAAUAAAAUAGCAAUGCCUUACAAAAGCCUUUACACUAAUAGUGUUAUGAAACCUAACACAAAUCUUUAAACAAAUGUGUCUUUUCCAGUCAUGCAUGUCCUUUCCAAAGAAAAGCACUGACAUAAAAACCACUCCAACAAGAUGUUUUUCAACUGGACCUGAUAGUUUUCAACAUCCUGCUGUUAACUGCAGACUCCAUUCACGAGGAGAGGAGCCCUGCUGUAACCUGACCUGAGCUCAGUCUGGCUGCCACCCUAAACUCUUCUUCACCUUUACCAUUUUCUAGACCGUCAGGAUUGGCCUUUCUCUUAGAGAAGGUUUGGUCUCAGUCUGAAUCCUGAUGGCUGAUUUUGUGAUCCUCAUUAAAGAUCUGGACUUGUUCUGAAAUA